AUGAGUGCGGGGAAGAGCGCAGGAGCAGCAGCAGCAGCAGCAGGGUCGGGCGUGCGGCGCCUGCGGCUGCGGCGGAAGAACAAGCGGGCCAUAGCCCUCAAGCGGCGGGCCCAGGGCCGCUGCAGCAGCAAACUGCGCAGCAGCAUAACUCCAGGAACAAUUUUAAUCCUCCUUAGCAGCGGCUUCCGCGGCAAACGCGUGGUCUUCCUGCAGCAGCAGCAGCCCUCGGGGCUGCUGCUGGUGACUGGCCCGUUUGCUGCUAACGGGGUCCCGCUGCGCCGCGUGAACCCCCGCUACGUAAUAGCCACCAGCAGCAAAAUAGAUGUUUCAAAAGUGGACUUAAGUGGAGUUAAAGAGGAGUUGUUUGAGCGCAGCAGCAGCGAGCGGCAGCAGCAGCGGCAGCAGCGCAGCAGGGACGACGCCUCGCUCUUCGUGCAGCAGGACGCGCAGCAGCAGCAGCAGCAGCAGCAGCUGCCUGAGGAACGCAAGCUGCUGCAGCAGCAAAUCGAUAAACCCAUUCUUGCUGCUCUCCAGAAAGACCCCCUCCUCAAGCAGUACCUCAAGACCCGCUUCACUCUCCGCGCCAACAUGGCCCCCCACAACAUGAAGUUCUGA